AUGCUGUGAUCUUGCAGAAUGGACAGGUCCGAGAGACCCAUUUCUUGAACACGAAAAUCCACAAUAUUGGGAGUGGGAACUCAACAGUGUGGACUACAUAUGGAGCCAAUGUCACCGAGCUCUCGUACAACGGACGAUGGGACAGUCAGCAUAUUUCCUGGUGGGCAGCACCUGGUCUCAAGUUCGCCUUCGAGGGGGAGGAUGUGGCAAUCACGUUUGGCCAGCAUACAUCGCGCAGGUCAUCAUCAUGUCGCCCUGGAACAGGGUCAGUCAGCGCGGAAACACACACACACACACACUACGAGGUUGGUGCUUUUAAGGAUGAGAACUAUAAAGUGUACAAGCAUCACGAAGAUCAGGGCUAUGUGCAUUAUUUCGACAACACCGGCAUUCUUCAGCACAAUGAUUUCGGCCCGCAGUACCAUCCGACGGAUUUGGGGCACAUCAGGAUUGCAAGCCAUGUUUUGCAGUACAUUCGCAUCAAGUUUGGCUGGGAGUUUGCGGCGACGGGACCGGAAGUGCAGCAUGAGACGCUGUAUUGGAAUGAUGAGUCGAGCUACCAAUGACACAUCAGCAUGACCAUGUCGCGUGCACACAAAAGCUGGAUAACCAGUUUGGUAGAAGAGAGUUCUGCAUUUACCGCGCUCUAUCAUAGGUCAUAACAUACAU